CUAGAAAUGCAAUUUCUUCAUUAGCGUUUCCCGCAGAUGUUUAAAUAUAUACAUUGGCGAGGCUGACGUCUUUGACAGGUAUCGCUUUUAUAACGAGGUCACUCUCCAUCAGAGCCACCAAACCAGUGUUGAUCCAGAAAGCAGGCAGGGCGCAAAAGUCGUCAUGAUUUUCGUACAAAAGGUUCAAGUCGGAAAUCGGUGUGCCAACUAGAGUAGAUUAUUUUAAGUACGCAAAAUAAAUUUUUGAUUGGUAAAAUAAAUUACCAGCCAAAGCAUAAAGGAUGACAUCUUUUUCAGUGAUAUCAAAAGUUCUAACAAUCUCAUCUUCCUUAGGCCCGUCUCUCACAGCUUCCAGGGCGUUCAUCAGCUCUCCUGAUGCCUCUUGAAUGCUCUCCCUGUACCUGGCAGUCGACAUGUCCGUCACAUCGUUCCACUGGUCCCUGACGUCUUCAAUGGAAACAGCAUCUCCAAUUUUCUUUCUAAGCACUUUUCCCUUUGCGGUGACCAGGUGGCUUUUUCCUGCCCAUCCUGCAGCGCUUUCAAUGAUUGAGCCGUUGUCUUCAUUAUCUUCGUGACACAACCAGGCUACAAUCGGAGCAAUGAGCUCUGGCUUCAGCUCAGCAAAGAAUUCUAAAUAAAUUAAUUUUUUUUUAAGUGAGACAUUGAUUAAAUAGUGGAUAUAGAAACCUGGAGGUAAAAUAUCCUCAGUCAGUCUGGAGGCGGCUGUUGGCACAAUCACAUUGCAGUGGAUGUUGCUCUUUCCACCCUCAAUGGCCAGGGUGUUGCUCAGACCGACGAGGCCCAUCUUGGCUGCACUGUAAUUUGCCUGGCCAAAAUUGCCCAGCAGUCCAGAAUUUGACGCUGUCAUUACAAUUCGUCCAUAACCCUGUUGCUUAAAAUGAGGCCACGCUGCUUGAGUUGUUUUAAAGGCGCCUCUCAAGUGAACCGAAUGAACAAGGUCCCAAUCCUUUAAAAGAAAAAAAAAUUAAAAAAGAGUCAACCAAUUUUUUUAAUAAAAUACUUGAUCAGAGAUGCGGGCAAAACUUUUAUCUCUCAGGAUUCCGGCAUUAUUGAUCAGGAUGUCGAUCCUACCAAAGGCCGACAACGCAGUUUCUACAAUCUUCUGUCCAUCUUCCACCGAGUUGUAAUCAGCCACUGCUGUACCAUCUGAGAAUAAUCAUUAUUUUAUUUAAUAAUUGAUUUCUUUCUACUUUAUAAUUAAAUUUUUAUUUUACUUUUAGCCCUGAUCUCCUGCACGACUUUGUCAGCAGCCUGACUACUCUUGCCACCGCCAUCCCUGGUUCCACCGAGGUCAUUCACGACCACCUUUGCCCCUCGCUCGGCCAGCAGAAGGGCGUAUGCGCGACCAAGACCUAAAAAAAAAAUCAUGAAAACUCAAUCCAAAUGCGUUUUAUGUUUUGAACUGAAAUUCACCUGCACCGGCUCCUGUCACCACGGCCACCCGGCCCUGAAAAUUAAGCAGCUGCGCCAUUCCCCGAGAGCUCGAACAGGAAUGACUUGCACAGUCCUCCUUUUCUCCACAACAGGCAAGUCAAGUUGAUAAGCAACAAUAAGCAGUGCUGCCAACUGUACUAACAGCUGCGAGACCGCGUAGUGGGGCAGCAGGUUGUUGACGUUUGACGUUCCCUCGGAAGGAAAACAUGCAGGACUUGCCGAUUGAAAUCAACGCGGGCAAACUGCUCGAGUGGCUCAUCAGUCGUCACCAUUGCAAGAGAGACUGGAACGAAAAAUUGACAGAUGUCAGGGCCAAAAUCACAGCUGCCCUGCAAGACAUGCCUGAACACGAAGGCCUUGUCAAACUUCUUGACGGCUCUUAUCUUGAUUACUGGGGCUGCAAAGGAAUAGUUGAAGUAUUAAGAGAAACAGAAAAGGACUCGAAGAACUUCCUCGGCCAAUACGGUUCUCGUCGUAUGAAAGACUGGCAAGAAACCAUCAAACUCUACGAGAAAGACAAUUUGUUCUUAGCUGAAGCUGCACACCGACUGGCGAGGGAUGUAAAUUUUGAGGUGCCCUUUUUAAAAAAGCAGGCAGCAAAGGCUCUGCAAAGUCAAGAUGAGGCUGACCGUCGAGAGGCCGAUUCGAUCAAAUCCGCCGCCAGUCUCAGAUCCGAGUACCUGGCCCAGUGCAAACUGCUCGGCGUUCCAGGCAAUAAUUUAAAGAAGGAGUUGAUCCAACUAUCCAGCCAGUUGCCUGAACUUCUGCAAAAAGCAGCAAAACUAGCAGCUGAGACCAAACCUGCACAGCAGCACUACGAGGAAACGGCUGCAAUCAUGCUCGACUCCGAAAGAAGAGUCAUGACCCCUUUACUUGCCAAACUUGCUGAAAAGGGUGAUUUGACUGUUUAUGAGUGGAAAAGGGGUCAGCCGCCAUCGAGAAUUGAGCAGGACGAAAUUAAGUUUGACACGUCAGAGUCGGAAUUGGCUGAUGAGAUCGACUUUGGCGACGGAGAAGUAGAUUUUGGAGAUGGUGAAAUUGAUUUCGGUAUUGAAGUGGCUGACAGUGGUGUGGAAAUUGGUGUUGUGGAAGAAGUUUCAUCUCCAGUGCCCACCAAUGAAGAUGGUGUGGCGAGAGGAAACGAAGCUCUCAGCGUUUUGGACUUUCCCGAUACGAGAAAUCAAGUUUUGGAUGAACUGAUGGAAUUGGAAUCUUUCCUACAGGUCAGGUUGACUCAAGGCGAUGGUGUUGUCGGCCUGACGCAAGUUGAGGGUCUUUCGGAAUCAACUUUAAAAAAAAUGUUGGGCUCUGUGGCGGCCGUGAAAAACGCCCUGACAGAAAAGAAGGCACAGCACUUGCAUAACAUCAAACACUCAAUCAGGUACGCGGACCAAUUAGCAGAGCAGCUGAGCCAAAAGCUCUCCCUUGAGGCAAAAAUGCAGGCUCGCGCUUCUCUGGCGGUCGAGCAGAGGGCGGAGGCCGUGGCCGAGGCCACCCGUCUUGGACCUGCGACGCAACGGCUCAUCAAGCAAACGCGGCGACUGCAGGCUCAGAUCGAGAGCGAGCUGAGCAAAAAGUACUCGGGUCGGCGGGUGAUGCUGACAGGAGGAGCGGGGGUGCUCACAGCAUGAAGACGUUUUGCAGCAGACGCAAAGGGGAAGAGUGGCAGAGGGCUUUGGUGUGUGGACAGGGGUAGCGCCGAAGGCAGAUGGACAAUUGACGGUCACACUCGCACAACAUCUGGGCACAGGAGCCUCCUCCGCCCCACUCACCAUGCUCGAUUGCUGCAACAUUUUGUAUGUUUUGUUAAUCGCUGUAAUAAAUAAAUCUAUCGCAAAUUGUUACAUUUUUCAAA